CGAGCCUGCCUAACACACAGGUACCUCUUGUACUUGGAAGGAUGGCAGCCGUGAUUGCAGCAUAGCUGGGUUGUCCCUGGGUCCAAAAAUGGGGGUGGGGUGGCACUGCGUUGGCGCCAGAAAGUGCUACACAUGGUGUAGAUUACAGGCAGGAAUGAAGCGCAUAUGCGCACACACACACUAUCGAAUGCCCGUUGAGCCGGGGCGGAAUGCGCAUAGCUACCUAGAUGAGUGGAAGUAUCGAGUCGGGCGGCCAACAACUCGAGGAGCGUCGCCAAGGACCAGACGCCAGUCAGCCAGUCGUGGUGGCCGCCAGCCACCAUGCAGGCGGUGGUGCCGAUGUGCCCUCAGAUGGAGUGGCUGCGCAAGCGCGGGUUGCGGGUUUUGUGUCACGUCUCCCUCGCGACUGCAUCCCUGACCCAGAACCUCUAGUCCAGACCGCCUGCCCGCCCGACACUAAGCCCCCUCCCGCGCCGACUUGGACCGGUAAGUGCGUGGGUGGUGGUGGUGGUGGUGUGUGUCGGCCGCCCGCCGAGGCGGCGUGGUGGGGUGGUCCGCUAAAGGUACGCUGGAACAUCCGCUAA